UUUGAGAGAGUGAUUCGUGUGUGGUAGAGUAGUGUGAGGAGUACUGCGGUGGUGGAGGUGGUAGAGUGCCUUUCCCGAUUCACGGGGAUUGCGUUCGCGCGAGACUCUCAAAGAACCAGUGGGCAUUAGACACGGAGCGCCGGGAGAGGCCAACAACCAAAAGAGACGGAUUUACCGUGAUAUUCAGCUCGUCUCGCUGAAUGUCCCGGACCGCUGGUCCCCUGGCUGAGGCUGCUCCCUCAGUUGGACCUACUACUAGCGACCAGGAGGAGUGGUUUGGCUUUCAUUCCCUGAACCCGGAAGCAUUCAUUCCAAAGCUGUGGCAGUGAAAAUUCUCAAAAGAACUGGACUAGUCAGUGGUGCAGGCUGUGGUUUUCGGACAGACAAUGGCUACCCAGGCUGACCUGAUGGAGCUUGACAUGGCCAUGGAGCCAGACCGUAAGGCAGCAGUCAGCAACUGGCAACAGCAGUCCUACCUGGACUCUGGCAUCCACUCAGGGGCAACUACCACAGCACCCUCUUUGAGUGGAAAAGGAAACCCUGAGGAAGAGGAUGUUGACAACCAGGUGCUCUAUGAAUGGGAACAGGGUUUCUCUCAGCCUUUCCCACAGGACCAGGUGGCAGACAUCGAUGGGCAGUAUGCCAUGACCAGAGCUCAACGGGUGCGGGCAGCCAUGUUCCCAGAGACCCUGGAUGAAGGAAUGCAGAUCCCAUCCACGCAGUUUGAUGGUGCCCACCCGACCAAUGUACAGCGGCUGGCUGAGCCAUCUCAGAUGUUGAAGCAUGCCGUGGUCAAUCUGAUUAACUAUCAGGAUGAUGCUGAGCUGGCCACCCGUGCCAUUCCUGAGCUCACCAAGCUCCUCAAUGAUGAAGACCAGGUAGUUGUGAAUAAGGCAGCAGUGAUGGUCCACCAGCUCUCCAAAAAGGAGGCCUCCAGGCAUGCCAUCAUGCGGUCACCCCAAAUGGUAUCAGCCAUCGUACGCACAAUGCAGAACACUGGCGAUGUGGAGACUGCUCGCUGCACAGCCGGCACCCUGCACAACCUGUCCCACCACAGGGAGGGCUUGCUUGCCAUCUUCAAGUCUGGGGGCAUUCCAGCCCUUGUCAAAAUGCUGGGAUCUCCGGUGGACUCUGUGCUAUUCUAUGCGAUCACAACCCUUCACAACUUGCUGCUGCACCAGGAGGGUGCUAAGAUGGCUGUGCGUCUUGCUGGAGGCCUGCAGAAGAUGGUGGCCCUGCUCAACAAGACAAAUGUCAAGUUCCUUGCUAUUACAACAGACUGUCUCCAAAUCCUGGCAUAUGGAAACCAGGAGAGCAAGCUCAUCAUCCUGGCCAGUGGUGGCCCCCAGGCCCUUGUCAACAUCAUGAGGACCUACACAUAUGAGAAGUUGCUGUGGACCACCAGCAGAGUGCUCAAGGUGCUCUCUGUCUGUUCCAGCAACAAGCCUGCCAUUGUUGAGGCUGGUGGCAUGCAAGCCCUUGGCCUGCAUCUCACAGACCCUAGCCAGCGUUUGGUCCAGAAUUGCCUCUGGACCCUCAGAAACCUGUCUGAUGCAGCAACCAAACAGGAGGGCAUGGAAGGUCUUCUGGGCACACUGGUCCAGCUCCUAGGUUCUGAUGACAUCAAUGUGGUGACAUGUGCUGCUGGCAUCCUCUCUAACCUUACCUGCAACAACUACAAGAACAAGAUGAUGGUUUGCCAGGUUGGUGGCAUUGAGGCCCUGGUGCGCACAGUGCUGCGUGCCGGAGACCGUGAGGAUAUCACUGAGCCUGCUGUCUGUGCUUUGCGUCACCUCACAAGUCGGCACCAGGAUGCCGAGAUGGCCCAGAAUGCAGUGAGGCUGCACUAUGGCCUGCCGGUGGUGGUGAAGCUGUUGCAUCCUCCCUCUCACUGGCCACUUAUCAAGGCAACAGUGGGCCUGAUCCGCAACUUGGCACUCUGCCCAGCCAACCAUGCACCGCUGCGGGAGCAGGGUGCAAUUCCCCGGCUGGUUCAGCUCCUGGUGAGGGCACACCAGGACACACAGAGACGCACCUCCAUGGGUGGCACACAGCAGCAAUUUGUGGAGGGGGUCCGCAUGGAGGAAAUUGUUGAAGGCUGCACUGGCGCCCUGCACAUUCUGGCCCGGGACAUCCACAACCGAAUUGUCGUUCGGGGCCUGAACACAAUUCCGCUCUUUGUCCAGUUGCUCUACUCACCCAUUGAAAAUAUCCAGAGGGUGGCAGCUGGUGUACUGUGUGAACUGGCCCAGGACAAAGAGGCAGCAGAGGCAAUUGAAGCUGAGGGGGCUACUGCCCCCCUCACUGAGCUGCUUCACUCCAGGAAUGAGGGUGUGGCCACGUAUGCUGCUGCCGUGCUUUUCCGCAUGUCUGAAGACAAGCCUCAGGACUACAAGAAGCGCCUGUCUGUCGAGCUCACUAGCUCUCUGUUCAGGACAGAACCCAUGACAUGGAAUGAGACUGGAGACCUCGGAAUUGACAUUGGUGCGCAGGGAGAGCCUCUUGGCUACCGUCAAGAUGAUCCUAGUUACCGUUCCUUCCACUCCAGCUAUGGCCAGGACCCCAUGGGCAUGGACCCCAUGAUGGACCAUGAAAUGGCUGGUCACCACCCUGGCACAGAAUACCCAGUUGAUGGUUUGCCAGACCUGGGGCACACCCAGGACCUGAUUGAUGGGCUGCCCCCGAGUGACAGCAAUCAGCUGGCCUGGUUUGACACCGAUCUGUAAAUAACUACUUUGCUUUAUCGUCUGAAUGAACCUGCAUUGUGAUCUUGGCCUGUAGAGUUGCUGGAGGUCUUGAGGGGUGGGCUAGUAUCUCGGAAAGUGCCUGACACACUAACACAAGCUGAGUUUCCUAUGGGAACAAGUGGAAGUAUUUUUUUUUUUUUUUUUUUUUUUUUUCUUCUCUCUCUCCCCCUCCCCCCUCCUCCUUGUUCUGGUCCUUUUUGGUCAGAGGUUAAUUGAAUAGGAAGUUUUUUGGAGUGGAUGCUUAAAGGAGGAAUGAACAGGAGUUGAGUCUAAAGGUGGAAUUACAAACCCCUAGCCUUGCUGGUUUUUAUAUUUUUUUUUUUAUUCAGUCUCUGUAAUGGUACUGAUGUAGCUUGCUUUAAAAUUAGCUUUAGUCUUUCUUUGCAGUAAUUUUUCAUUUUAAGUCUUGUAGUGUUAAGUUAGUGGUAAUGCUCCAUCGGUUAAAUUAUCACACAAUGGUAUAGAACACUAAUCAUUUGACAUGUAUUCUGAAAGUGUAACAUGUAGCUUUUUAUAUAAAAUUCAGUGGGGAAGUGUGGUGCUGACAUGAGCAUAGGAAAUACUUAAUAUCACGAUUGUUCCAAAGGGGCACGAUGGGGUGGGGCCAGACCUUUUUCUUUUUUUGUCCCUUGUUUUUUAAUUUUGUUGAAGGUAGUUUCAUGAAACAAAGUUGUUGUAGCCUGCUGUGCUCAUUUUGGAAAUGGUUAUGACAUUGACAAACAAUAAAAUCAAACCUGUUU